AUGUCUCCUGUACUGUACAGUGCAGCCUGGGCACGCAACAUGCACGCAUCUUCUCCAACUUUCCAAGCACCGGACUCCCGUAACAUCACACAAUGCGGCAGCAGGGAUAUUCGGCUUCCACCUGAGCCCACAGCCGGCCGGAGUACCGGGGGUGUCCCGCAACGGGACCGGACAACUGCGUUUUUUCUUUCUGCGUUACUUAGUACUUGGUUACUGUUAGCCAUUUUCUGUAUUCCCCGCAUCUCUUUGGGCUGUCUCGCUGCCCGAUGCUUUCCGGGGUCAUAUCAUCCACUCACGAUCAGCGGGGAAACCUCGUGGUGUCGAUGGCAGGCUGUAGGUUUGCAAGGUCUCAACUUCGAGAAAAAAGGAAACAUCAUCACUUGGAAUAUGCAACGCCGGUCCGGGUCCGAUAUGAUCCGGCUGCGAGGGCUGGGCAUCCAAGCCUGA